CCUCGACAAGCCGAACUCACCCUCUCACAUAUUCUUCGACAAUAUUCAGGUUAGGCGCGCAGCCCGAGCAUCGUGCAUAAUAUUCACCAGUUCCUUUCUUAACUCGUCAUGAAACAGCGCAGCCUUAUCGUCACUCACCAACUAACCCAAGGGUAAGUAAUGGCCUCAUCGGCAGACGAUACAAGCAACUCACCCAUGCGUUUGCCGCCAAAUCACCCAGGGCGAAGCGAGAGGUCGCGCUCCGAGACCACUAGAGCGCCCCUCAUAAUAGCCACCAACACAACACACGCUACACCCAACAGCGAGCAAUACGGGGACUUGGGUCAGACUGAAUCCGCAGCGACCCCGUUUUCCGACAACGGCUGGCAAUCAACUCCCCAUAGCAGACUUACGCUAGACAGCGGAAGCCCAGGCCUGCCCAGCGCGAGCCACGGAAGCUCGCCCGACCCAGCGACAGAGCCUGACAACAAAUCAGACUGCACGACAUCCUGCAGUAGCUUUGGGUCGCUUUUAAGUAGAGAAGACGACCAACAGUUGCCGGAAAUCGUCGUUUUGGGAGCGACGGGGCCGGAAUAUGAGGAGAUUGGGCAAUCCGACGACGAAUUGACCAGGGAGGGGUUGGACCUCGCUCCGAGUGGCCCAAGCCGCCAGGCACUCGCAUUAGAUGUCAACCAAGCAGCCAGAGCAACUUUCAGCAGAGAAGAUAGCCCUCUCCCGAAUCUUGUUUACAGACCAGUGUUUCCACCUCUGUCAGAACAGCAGAGCGAAAUCACGGAUUUUGGCGCCGAGUUGCACUAUAAUCACCGACAGUCGAGGCAACGCAAGGACAGUCGAUCAAAACCAAGCGGCCACCAUACCUUGCAGGAUCGGCUCUGGAAAGCCCUCGCGCCGACCGAAGAGAAGAGCAAAAAAGGUUUCUUUCCCGUAAACUUGCUUCCACUUCUGCUCACGGAGCAGUCUGUGUCCGAGGAGCUCAACAAACACUACGGCGACAAGAGUACGAAAUACGCGCGAAAGAUCUGCUCUGAAAAACGGGUCAACAGCUUUGAAGAGGAUGGGACAUCAAGCAUGAAGCCAAGAAUCAGAACCUACCGCAGAGUAUUCGCCAUCCUCGUGCUAAUCGACAAGGCGCCAGCCAUUCGCCAGUUCAUCAGAGAGGGGGUCAACGACUCAGACUUGCCGCUAGUUAGGUCAGGAACCGGGAAAGGCAUGCGAAGGUCUCGGGCCCUCGAUAAAGAGCUGAAGUGCUUCCGGAGCGGAUGGACGGGGAUCCAAAUCCGCAACUUCGUGGACUAUCAGUGGACGACCCUGGCUCCAUUCUUUUCCAAUAGCGAAGAACGCAAAGAGGUUCGCCAUUACCCGCUCCAAGAUCGCGUGAUACUGCCCUUCUCCCCAAACAAGAAACAGGACGAAGUAAACCAGGAACUGCUCGGCGGCGGCGGCCGCGUGUUCAAAACCGGCAUCCACCCCGACCAUCAUAACUUUCACGCCUUCUUCGACUGCCCUCGCGCCGCAUCCCCGUCAGACCAUGGUGAUGAGAGCCCCGGAUGCACCUGCGUUUUCGCCAUCAAAUGCCUUCACUCGCAGGACAAGGAGAGCUUCAAGAAGGAAGUCGACAUGCUCAAGAAAUUCAGCAACAAUGCACACCCGAAUCUCAUCUCCCUGCUCGCCACGUACGAACAAAAUGGAACCUUCUUCCUCAUCUUCCCGUGCGCCGACGACGACCUGCAAACCUACUGGAAGAAGAUGCCCCCCCCUCCCGCCGGGGAUACCGGCGGCGUGCGCUGGGCGGCGGAGCAGUGCCUGGGGAUUGCGAAAGGGGUGCUUAAGAUCCACGAGGACGAUUCGGGCAACGCCCGACUACAGCCCCACGACCUGAAGAGAAUCGUGGGGAACCACGGCGACAUCAAACCGGAGAACGUGCUCUGGUUCUGCGACAACACAGAGGCGCGGGGCGGCGGCCAGUCCGGCGGCGGCGGCGGUCGCGGGACGCUCAAGCUGUCCGACUUCGGCCUCGCCGACUCCAGCUCCCGCCGGACCGCAUCCAGGCGGUUCCACAGCAACGUCGCCGUGACCUGCAACUACCGCGCCCCCGAGUGCGACUUGCCCAACCAGGGCGGAAAGGGACGGCAGUACGACAUGUGGACGCUGGGAUGCCUGUAUCUCGAGUUCGUCACCUGGCUGGUUGGAGGCACGGCGCUGCUCGACGAGUUCGUACGUGAACGGUUGUCCAUGGACAUGGCAUGGUACGAGAUUGACACGGACACGUUCUUCCACCUGCAUAAGGACCCCGAAACGAAGGAACUCUACGCGGCCGUCAAGCGAUCGGUUACAGCGUUCAUCAAGAGACUCCGCUCCGACAGGAGGUGUACGCCAUUCAUUCUCGACUUUCUGGACCUGAUCGAAACGGGGCUGUUGGUAAUCAAGAAUCCGAAGCCGUUCAAGGGAAGGCUCAGCAUCAACGAAGCGCAUGCCAGGCUCACCAAGAUGGUGCAAAAAUGUAACACGGAGCGGGAGUACGCUUGCAAAUCGUUGUACUAUAUGUCUGCGAGUCAAGGGGUUGAGUAG